AUGUCAUCAUCAAAUACACCCAACCUUCACCCAUCUUCCUCGAUACCUGCACCGGUUAUACCCAAACCUAUCCCGUUCGAGAGGAUAGAUACCCAUUCUAUCAAACAGCAAUUACACGAUGUAUUGGGGGAAGAUGGUCUGCCGUACUGGAAAGCACUCAAUGGGUAUCUUUUAGGUCAGCUGGCGAGAAGCGAGUUGGAGGGAAUGGUGAGAGGAUGGUUCAAAGGGGAUAAACUGGAAUUACAUAACACUCUCCUUCUAUCUCUCCUUAACAAUGCCUCGAUUCCACCAACCCUCUACACGCCAAUACCAACUACCUCUUCCGCCCGUAAACGGAAGAGGGUAUCAUAUGAUGAUGUAGAGUACGACGUGGAUGAAGAGGCCAUUCAGCCGAAAUCGAGAGUCAGUCAGUGGUUAUCUGGCUUGAACGGUAGAGAGAGAUUAAGGAUCAAGAGGUCGGUUUUGGGUAAAAAUGGUACGGGUGGAUUGGAAGAUGGGCCAGGAGCGAAUGAGCCGACAACGGGAAUGGGUGGCAGGAGGAUGUCAACUUGGGUGGGACAGAAUACUUUCUUACCACCAUCCACAUCCAACCCAACCCGUCACCUCCCGUCCUCAGCCCAGCUUUCCCUCCAACUCGCGCAAUAUGCCAAAAUACACGGACUCGGUCUAGCGCCAGACUCGACAGCCGAGAUUGGUGAAUUUCUGGCAGUGGGAUUGGACUCGCAUAUACAAGAUAUGUUAUAUGGCUUGAUUCAACUUACUGGACAUGAUAGACCUGGAAUCAGUACGAUUAGGUUACCAAAGGGUAAAGACCAUCGCAACGGAGAUGGGGACAAAGAAAGUGAUAAUGGAGUACUUUCAAAGAUGAAGAGAGAGGAACCAGAUGAGCAAGAUGAAUCACCUAAAGUCGAUUUAAAUUCAUUGAAUCAUUUGUUAAUGCUGAAUCCUACUUUGAAUCCUACAAUCUCACCGUCUAUAUACAAGUUGAAAUCUGGACAGAUAUCAUCAACCCAAAAUACAAGCACUUCAACUUUGUUAAAAGAUGACAAAACGAAUAGUCAGACAUCAUCGCCGGUGACUUCAACAUCGAAUCGAAAUCGAAAUAAUGACAACAUCAAUGGUAAUAAACCAAGAUCCGAGGUUAUCACCAAUCGAUUAUUAGAGAACAGUCUAUUGAAAUUAGAUAACAUCACUACUACCGCUCCCGGAGCUGGCGCAGGUGCAGAUCAGAAAAAGGAAAAGAAACAUACGAGUCAUUGGAAGUAUGAAGAUCCAGCUGUAUUACUCAAAGAUUUCUUGGGAUAG